AUGGAAGUUCAAGAGGUGCCUUGCCAAGAAGAGAGUCAGGCUUUGCCUGAAAAGAGCCCGCCGGCUCGAGGAGGUGAGGAUUUUUUUCACCUUUUGGCUGAGGAUUGUUUAACCUGCAGUGUUACGGAUUAUCUACAGAUGAAUUGUGUUGGGGUUGCAAUAGAUAAUGCAGAGGUUGCUACCAUAAUUGUAGCAGGUGAAAAAGACGUCAGGAUUGAAAUCCCCGAUUACGAUGAUCUUGUGACAACCCAGGCGGAUAAUUGUGCGACAACAAAAGAGCACGUUGCUGAUGUCGUGUGCGAGGAUGUCAUGGGAGAAGGACUAGUUGGAUGUAGAGUAGACGUCGGGUGGAAUCUGUUAGAUGUCAUAGACAAAUUUGGUCCUAAAGAUAGUGUGCUACAAGAGUGUGUGGCGAAGAUAGAAUUCACUUUGAGUUUUUUGGAAACGGUUGGAAAAACUGACAACAGUGUUUCCAGCCUCCGGGAGCGAAUGGUGGGGCUAUUACCGGGAGAAGCGGUCAAGGUUUUGCUGGUUGUGGAGCAGCAAGCUAUUUUUGAGGGCUUGUUUAGGGUGGAUUUGGCUGGAAUCGGGUGUCUUCAAGCGACAAAGGCAGCAAAAGAGGAAGGAAUUUUGCGAGGUGGUGGUGUCGCUCUUCUCUAUGCAACAAGAGAGCUUGAUAUAAUCCCUACAGCCAACUUUGACCAGAAGACUAGAGUUCAGAUAAUUCAUAAUGCAUUGAAGUCUCCUAUACAUACAAUUGAUUGCAAUGCUAGUGUUGAGGGUGCUAUUGUAGUUUAA